GUAAUGGGAGUCUGUCUAUCCUGCUGCGGCCAAAGUGCCGAGGAAACCAACCUGAUGCCAUCGCCUGAGGAGCGCCGGCAGCAGCAGUUGGAUGCGGCGGAAAAGCGUCGCCAGGAGAACGAACAUCGGGGCAUUAAAAAUCCGGAUAGCGUUAGGCGGCAGCAGCAAAGAUCCGAGGAAAUGCAGCGCCGGGAGGAGGAGGCCGCCCGCCAGGGUCAAGGGCAGUCCAAUUUAAGGUGGCAAACGAGCUAAAAGGAGGAGGUGACCAAUCCUGGUAUUGCUUAUAAAGCACAUCCACCUUUUCCCCUAUAUGUUAACUGCCUUUUGACCAGGCCUUUUGUACUGCUCCGUAUUUGUAUUGCGUGAUUUACAACCUGUAUUCCGGUCUUUAUAUCUAUAUGUAUUUCUAACCUUUGAAAACGGCUGGCUACCAAAAUGUACAACCAAAAAUAAAAUGUAAACCAAAUUGUCAUCAGUGAUCAGAAAAUCCAAAAAGAAAACUUGAAUGCUCGGAUUAGUUUUGACUACUUCCGGGAGAUCUAACUCAUUUUGUCAUUCCUGUUUUAAUAAAUUUACUGUACAAAGCACUUAAAUCAGAAAAUAAAUUGGUUUUAAACACAUAUCAAAAA